AUGUUCUCUAAACUCGCUCUCAUCGUCACUUCUGCCUGCGCCCUCGCCGCCGUCGCCGCUCCUACCUCCACCGGAGGCUCCUCGUGCAACGCCUCAGGUGGAACUCUCCAGUGCUGCAAUAGCACGGAGAGCGCCAGCAACAUCAGCGGCUCCAUCAGCGGCCUCUUGGGAAUCCUCGGUGUCAACCCUGCAACUUUGACUGGACUUAUCGGACUCCAGUGCGGUAUUUCUGUUGUUGGUGGAACCUCUUGCUCUUCGCAGCCCGUUUGCUGCAGCGGUAACAACUUCAAUGGACUCGUUGUUCUUGGUUGCAGCCCCGUCAAUGUUGGCCUUUGAUUCGCUCAUUUGUCUCUUAGAUUUUUUUAUAGAUUUUGUUCGUCUUAUCUGAUUUCAUUGUCGCAGUUCGUAGCAGAUAGUUAUCAGUAGCAGCCACAUUCUUUGUCGUCAUUCUGGGCUAAUAGUAAUUUUCGAUUUGUC